GUGACACAGGAUGGCACCGGAUCUGAUCGCCAUAUCUGGGUUAUAUUUAAAGCUCCGCCCAUACCACUCCUUAUAGAUACAAAUCUCGUAUCCUCCUUUUUUUUUUCCCUCAGACCCCCUCUCAGUUCCUUUUUUUUCCCCUUUGUUCUUCAUAGAGGUCAGUCCUUUCUUCUCUUUGUUGUCCCCGUACUGAGCUCUCUUUGCGUAGGCAUUUCGGCCAUUCCAUAGACUUAGUGUUCUUUGAACCUUUUCGCCAGGUCUUCGUUUGCUUAGUCGCUCUUAGAAGAAAAUCCAAACUCGAGUUCUAUACUGUCUACUAUAAAAAUGCCAGCUGUCACUGCUAGUUCUGCUGUCCCUGCAACCCCUGCUGCUCUCAAGGGCUCCGUUGAGGGUGUCGACGUCGCAUCUCUCUUUGCCGCUGACAAGGCUAGUCGCCUCGCAGCCUCCAAGACUUUGGCUUCUGCGGUCCAAAAUUAUGGCCCGGCUGGCCUUACUGCGGUCGGAUUCACUGAAGCUGCCGUUAAGGCGCUUGCUGACAAAAAAUCUCCCGCUGCGCGCGAGGGCGCUGCCCAGGCCGUAACUGCUCUCGCAGAAGCCGGUGCGACUAAGGCUCUCGAGCCGAUUUUCAUAGAUUCUGGUCUUUACGAUGCUCUUAUUGAGGCAUUCGCCGACAAAAUCCCUGCCGCUCGUAAUGCAGCUGUUGAGGCUGUUCGUCAGUUUGCCGCCACUAUGAACCCAUGGGCGACUGCUCUUCUUCUCCCCGCCCUCCUCCACCAGAUUAAGACGGCUGGAAAGUGGCAAAUCAAAACUGGUGCGCUCGUCGUACUCAACCAGCUCGUUGCCAGUGCCCCUUUGCAGACUGCUCGGCUCAUGCCUGACAUUAUUCCCGUCCUCUCGGAGGCUAUUUGGGACACCAAGGCUGACGUGAAGAAGGCUGCCCGCGAUUCGCUUACCAAGGCCUGUGUAUUAAUUUCCAACAAGGAUAUCGAACGGUUUAUUCCGGCACUUAUCAACUCCCUAAUCAACCCAGUCGAGGAGGUCCCUAAUACCAUUCAGCUUCUUUCGGCUACUACGUUCGUUUCUGAAGUAGACUCUGCUACGCUUUCCUUGAUGGUUCCGCUUUUAUCACGUGGUAUCAACGAAAAGCUCACUGCUACGAAACGCAAGGUUGCUGUUAUUGUUGACAACAUGUCUAAGUUGGUCGACUCCCAUAUCACGGUCCGACCUUUCUUGCCCAAGCUGCUACCCGGUCUCAUCAAGAUCGAGUCAUCCAUUGGUGAUCCUGAGGCUCGUGGAGUCGUUGGCAAAGCCAUCGCGACCCUCCGUCAAAUUGGGCAGGUCCCUGAAGGCAGCGACGGCACUGAUCUGCCACCUCUGAAGUUUGCCGAAGCAUCUCAGAUGACUUCGGGCCUUACCUCCGUCUAUAAGAAGGCAGGCGCUGCUCCCCCUUCGUCCGCUGAUGUCAACGUCGUGUACGUCUCGCGUCUGGCGGCCAACCUUGUCAAUGCGAAGAACUUUGACGUCGCUGAGUGGGAGAGCCUUGCACCUUUCCUUGGUUUUGCUGCCUCCACUCCUGAUCCUGCGGCUAUUACGCGCGAUUGGGUUGUUCGCUCGGCCACUGAAGGUGACGAUGACGACGACGUACCGGAAGAUGAGGAAGAGGGUGAAGACCUGUGCAAUUGCCAGUUCUCCCUUGCUUACGGCGCUAAGAUCCUUUUGAACACGGCCACCCUUCGUCUUAAACGCGGUCACCGUUAUGGUCUUUGCGGUAAGAACGGUACCGGCAAGUCCACCCUCAUGCGUGCCAUCCACAAUGGCCAGGUCGAGGGCUUCCCGUCCCCAGAUGAGGUUCGCACCUUCUACGUUGAGCACGAUAUCGAUGGCAGCGAUGCGGAUACUUCUGUUCUCCAAUUUAUCGUCUCCGACAAGCGCAUCCAAGCUACCGAGACCGAGGUUGUUGAGACUCUCGCUUCCGUCGGUUUCAGUGACGAGCGCCAGAAACAAUCCAUUGGAAGCUUGUCUGGUGGUUGGAAGAUGAAACUCGCGCUUGCCCGCGCCAUGCUCUUCAAGGCUGACAUCCUCCUCCUCGAUGAGCCUACUAACCACUUGGAUGUUAUCAACGUUGCCUGGCUGGAGAACUAUCUCGUCUCGCUCAAGACCUGUACAUCCAUUAUCGUGUCUCACGAUUCUGGCUUCCUCAACAACACAAUCACCGAUGUCCUCCACCUCAACCGAUUCAAGAUCAAGAGGUACCGUGGUACUUUGGAGAACUUCGUUAAGCAAGUGCCAGAGGCCAAGUCUUACUACACUCUUGAGGCUGCUGAGGAUUACAAGUUCAAGCUCCCCGACCCACCUCUUCUUGAUGGUGUCAAGACCAAGGAAAAGUCUCUGUUGAAGAUGCGCAAAGUUGGAUUCCAAUACCCUACAUCGACUGUCCAACAGCUGUACGAUAUCACUCUGCAAGUUUCCCUUUCUUCUCGCGUCGCCGUCUUGGGACCCAACGGUUCCGGAAAAUCGACACUCGUCAAAUUGCUCAUUGGUGACACUGAGCCGAACAAGGGCGGUGAGAUUUGGAAGCAUCCAAACUUGGUCAUCGGUUACGUUGCGCAGCAUGCAUUCCACCACAUUGAUAACCAUCUCGAUAAGACUGCCCUAGAGUACAUGCUCUGGCGUUACCAGACGGGUGAAGAUUUGGAGGAAAUGACCAAGGCUAGCCGUCAGAUUACCGAAGCCGAGGUGCAGAAGAUGAAGGAUGGUUCGCUCUACAUUCACGAGGGCCAAAAGAGGAUCAUCGACGAGAUCACUUCUCGCAAAAAGCUGAAGCAAUCAUAUGAAUACGAGGUAUCUUUCAAGGGUCUUUCGUCGACCGAGAACCUUUGGAUUCCUCGUGACGAACUCGUUAAGCGUGGUUUCGAGAAGAAAGUUCUCGAGGUUGAUACUCGUGAGGCUCAGCGCCUUGGUCUGUUGCGACCCCUCGUCCGUCGCGAGAUCGAGAAGCACUUUGCUGACUUCGGUCUCGAGCCCGAGUUCGUUUCCCACAAUUCCAUGCGAGGUCUGUCGGGUGGUCAGAAGGUUAAAAUCGUCCUUGGCGCUGCUACAUGGCGUCGUCCUCACAUCAUUUGCUUGGACGAGCCUACUAACUAUCUCGACCGUGAAUCACUUGCCGCCCUUAUUGCGGCAUUGAAGGUCUUUGAGGGAGGUGUGCUUAUUAUCACGCACAACAGGGACUUCUCCGAAUCCCUCUGUACCGAGGUGUGGGCUAUGCGUGAUGGCCACCUCGAGGCGUCCGGCCACAACUGGGUUGAGGGACAGGGCUCAGGUCCUCGUAUUGACAAGAAAGACGGAGAAGAGGAUGUGCAGUACGACGCAAUGGGUAACAAGAUCGAUGUCAAGAAGACCAAGAAGCUGACGUCUUCGGAAUUGCGCAAGAAGAAGAAGGAUCGCAUGGCUCGCAGGAAACGGGGUGAGGAAGUGUUCAGCGACGAGGAUGAAUGAGCUCUUGAGCCUCGCUUCUACCCCCCACACUUCCCUGUUGUAUUUUUUCAUGUUUUCCUACCGGCGUGCAGUGUAAUUGGUCGACUUGUUUUCACACAUACCUUGUUGUUGUCUAAUAUUUCUAUCUAAUUGGAACUUGAAUUCACGAUUUCUCAUGACAACAGCAUCACAGCUGGUGAACCAAUAUUACAGUAAUGUCCGG